AUGGGCAACAAGGAAGAAGAGACUUCAGCUAAAAAUCCCAAGUCUUCGACACAAGUUUGCUGCUGAAACUUUUUAAAAUUUUAUGUAAGGUAGUGUGAUCUUGACGACUCUCAUGAUAAAAUUUCUGUUGCUUUUGAUACUCAGGAGCAGGCUCCUCCCUCCAGUCCUGCAACUGUUUUCACCGAUUGGGCAGCCUUUCAGGUUAUAAUAAUCGGCUUGAAUUUUUUUGCUCUUGUUACGUUAUUGUUAAUUUUCCAUUACUUCUUAGGAUGCCUUUUUUUCGCCUUUAGGCAUAUUAUAAUUCUACCGGGACUCCUGUGCCUCCUGGAUUUUACCAUUCUCCCGUGGCUUCCAGUCCUCAAGGGCAUCCGUAUAUGUGGGCUCCACAGGUAAUUCUCUUUUUCAAGGAACAUGGUCUACGUUUUUUUUUUUCUUUCUUUUUCCAAAGACAUAGGAAACUCGUUUGAAUAGCUGACUUAUCAUAAGAUAGCAUGGGUUAUACAAAAAAUCAGACAUUUGCUAUAGUUUCAAACUCAGCUCCUCUUUUUUCCCAAGGUCUGGUAGAGCAUUUAACAUAUUUAUUUCUGCAGCAUAUUAUUCCUCCAUAUGGAGCGCCAACACCUCCAUAUGUAGCCAUGUAUCCACCUGGGGGACUGUAUCCUCAUCCCAACAUGCCACCGGUAUUUGCCAAUCAAUACUUCCUAUUUUAUUGCAUGCUUUCCACGUUAUGUGGAAUUAUUUCAUCUUUAUAGCUUCCAGAUAUUAAAAAUACCCCUACUUUAACUUGCGUUGUCUGGGUCUUUCUCAGGGAUCUCAUCCAUAUAGCCCAUAUGCUAUGACUCCCUCGAGUGGAACCACUGAUGCUUCUGUGAGUAUUAGGUUGUUAGUUGUCCGUCUUGGGCAGCUGGGCAUUUUCAUUCAUCCUGUAAAUUGAGACUACAUAGCUCUAAAUCUCAGAGUUAAGGACUGGUGGAUAAGCUUUAAAUGAACAUAUGUAUGAAGUGCAGGAGCAUGAGACUAGGUGUAAGGGUCAAAGAUCAUAGAUAUUAAAAGUACAGUUCGAUGGCAGAGGAAAUGAACAUCAUGGUUUUUUAGGGUAUUUAAUUAAUAUUAGAUGAUGUGGAGCCUCAGCAUGUGCUUACCUAGCCAUUUUGCUACACAUCAAUGUAUCAUCCACAAAACAACCCUCUUAUCUAUUUUAUCAUCUGAGGUUAGGAUUUACAAUUACAAAUAUAAAUGUCAUAAGUUCCGAUGAUGGAUUAAUUAUAUAUUUUGCAUCAAGGUGUAGUUAUCGUAUUUUCACAUACAUCUAGGUUUCUUUAAUAUUGCUUAUCGUAAUAUAUAUCUAAAAGUUUUAAAAGUUUAUAAAUCCUAAUUGAGUUUAGAAUUUUUUCCAAAUGUUUUUAUCGAUGCUUUAAAAUGGCUGAUAAUCUUUUCCUACCAUUUUAUUGCAUCGGUACCUCAACAGAAUGCUAGGAAAAAAUGAAGGGUAUUUUUUUAUUGGAAAUUUUGGGAUUUCAAUUGAAACUGCAUGACUAGAUCGAUUUGGUUCUGGCUUCACUUUAUCAUCUAAAAUAUGUUGUAAAUCGUAUCCAAAUAAGGGAUCACCAAUAAAUUCUCAGUAAAAUUAUUCGAGAUUAUUGUAGAGGAACUUGAGAGGCCUUUUAAGAGUGGUUUAGGAUUCAAGUGUCAUUCAGUGCAUCGACAGCAAAAUGUUGAUUCGUUUUCCUUUAAGGACAAGAAAGAAAGAAACACGGAAGAUAGGGAAGAAGUAGAAGUUCAUUACUUGGAAGAAGAGUCAUGUGAAGGGAUUUUUUUUUUCAAAGAGGCACAUCAAACGAGAAAGAGAAACCAUAGGGAGAAACCAAAAAAGAACAUCGAAAAAACUUAGAGAAAUUUUAAGACAAAGAAGUAGAGAAAGGCGAAAGAAAUUCAAGUUUGUUUGAGACAAAUGAAAAGUGAAUGCCUGAUAAGGGAUUAUGACUUAGGUCUUCCUAUGGAGGCUUUUUGGGAGCAUGAUGGCAGGAUAUUUCAUGAUUAAGAAAGAAGGUCAUUGAUAUAGACGGAGGAAAGGGAAGGAGGAAUAUUGUUUUUAGAAUGUAAAAAUAUGUUCACAACACAGGACUAGUGAAGAGUUGCUCAUAAAAUUUAAAUUGAAACACUUAACUCAAGUAGAAAGGUAGUAGAGAAGCACCAAAGAAGACAUUUGAAAAACGAAACGCAUUUGAAUCUUGGAGUUGGAUUUGGAAGUACAAAGAAGACAGCCAAGAUUUUGCUCACUUGUUAGGAAACAGUCAAUACUUUCAUGGGGGCUUUAAGGACAAUUGUAAGACUAAAAUGAGGUGAAGCGGAGGUAGUGAAGAAAGAUAUGUUGAGUAAAGACACGAUACGAUGGAGUUGAGUCAUGUGAGAGAUUCUGUGCUGAUGUGAAUUAGAUAAGUUUUCAGUAGACAGUGAUGACGACGGCGGUGAAUUAAGCUGGGGCACAUAUUUUAGUAAAUCUUUUGUCGAACCGUGUUUCUCAUUUGUCAUGCGGUUGGUUGUGUGAUGUAUCUUGGAGUUCAACCUUGUACUUUUCAUUCUCUCUGUAAAUGAUUUGGGAGCGUAGUUCCAUUGUGGCCUGUACCUAACAAAGACAAAUGUUUUCCUUUAAAGUUAUACUUAAGAUGAAAUUGCAGCCUGAUCUGCACUGGGUCUGCCGAUUUUCUCUUGGGGCAGUAUUUACUUGGAAUAGCCUGUAAAUAACUCUGUUCUUAAUAGAUACUUUUUAGUAAUGACGGGCAUCCUAAAAUUUUCCACUCUUUUAUGGACCAUAUAGUCUCUGUUAUUGCAACCAUUGAUGUGCCUUCUAGGUGAUGUCCUUCGAUUUUCAAUGGUUUGUGGGAAGAUUUUCUUCCAUCGCAUUCUUUAGCAGAUUGUUUCCUUGAAGUGCAUGAUGUAUGAUAUAUCCCAACAUCAAGCACGCCUCUUUACCUCUUUAUCUUGAAUGCUUCAGACUCUUGGCAAAACUCCCAAGGUUGCUCUAUGGUUUAAUUUUCUUUCGCUGCAGAAUCAAGACUGUAGCUUCUUACCUUCCUGUGGCUCUUGUUGAGCUUUCACGAGACCAGCUAUUGUUCGAAGAUAACACCCUGUUGUUGGUGAUCUUCGGGGUAACAAUACUGAUUCUUGCCACUGUCAUGUUCCACAAACUUGUCUGCGAAUAACCCUGGAAGGUUUGGACAUGAUUCUCGGUGACUGUAGUCAUAUAAAUUCUGUGUUUGCUACCCAUAUUCUGAGGACUUGUCCUACCAGACAGCCAUCCCUUGUUGGUGUAGCGGAUAAACUUAAUUCCUUUCAGCUUAAAAUUUGCCUAUUUGUUAGCCUCCAAAGUCUGGCGCAGCAGAUGGGCUUCUCUUGUUUCAAAAUGCCAAGGAAUAUAGUUGUCGUUUGCCAUAUUUUUUCUUCUCCUUUCUCCAUUUUCUUGUUAUUUCAUGUUGCCUCUCAUAAAGAUCGACUCUGGUUGUCAUGUAUCCAGGUGGGGGCCGCUGAAGGAGAUGGUAAGUCAGUUGAAGUUAAAGAAAGGACUCCUGUUAAGAAAACCGGGGGAAGCUUAGGUAGUCUAAAUAUGAUUACAGGCAAGAGUGUUGAGAGAGACAAAGCAUCUGGCGGAUCUACAAAUGGUGUUGAAUCAGAGAGGUAAAUUGUUAGAUUCUUCUGUAUCUCUCGUAUUAAUGUUCAUGCACUUACACCUGUGACUGUGAGCUGUGCAGUGUUGAAAGUGGAAGUGAAGAUUCAAGUGAAGGAAGUGACGCAAUUUCACAGAGCGUAUGAUCAUUUAGAACGAUCUUUUUUCACGUUGCAUGGCAUUUACAUCUGAUUUGGAAGGAAUAUCUACCUUUUACUUUAAUUAGUAGGAAGUGAGAGAUUUUAUCAUUGGAAGCUUCAGAUUAUUGCUGUUUAACCUUUACACUCUAUUAGUUUCUUGUACAGUCUUGUGAUCAUGACCAAUAUGUAGCAUAGGAAAAUAUCUACCUUCUACUUUUAUCACAUUUUUUUUCUGUGAAAAAACAUUUAAUUUUUUUUUCAAUAAUCUCUCUUUUGCUCAGUCUUCAGUGUCCCUCGUCAUUGAUAAGAGAAGAAUACAUGGAUGGCAACUGAUAUAAGAUAUCUAGAAAACAUACAUUGUAUACCAUGGUCUCUUCUUUGAGAUGUUAAAAUGUUUCCGCCAAGAUGUUACGAACCAUAUUGACGAUCCUGUAUGGACGAACUUCUACAUAUAUCCAUCUAUAUAUUUAUAUAUAUAUACACAUCAAUAAAUAUCUAUUCUACAGAAGCAUCCCUGCGAAAUCAAGGUGAUGCUGAAACCAAACAAUGACUCUUAGGACGGCUCGAGAGUUGCUCUAAAGUAUAAGGUUCGUUCACCUGGUUCUGGGCCAUUUUCCGUUAAAGAUAGACCUUGCGUGAACGUGUUGUGAAGGUAUUUCAGUGGCGGGGAGGAGAAUGUUUAACCUUUACCUUAAAUUGCUCACUGAAGUGUGGAAAAUUUUAUUGAUCUUGUGGGCUCUGCAGAUACUUUCUUAUAAAUCGUUUGAAAUUAAGUGUCCUGCGGGUGAAGAACCUAACUGCCCAGAGCCUGUGUUUUUUAUUAAUCCUUAUUGCCUCACAAUCCCAAUGAUCAUUUUUUUCUUGCUGACUAUUCAUAUGAUUUCCCCUUUUCGCUCUUCAGGUUGGUGUGGAAUCAACGUGAUAUUGAUUUUUUUUUAUCAAUUAUAUCAGAUUAUAUGAACAUGAAUUUCUACAACCAAUAAUAUAAACAUAUUUAGGUGGUUUUAAAUGCAGAUUAUUUUCCUGCAAAAACAUAUAAUCCUAGCAGUACCUCAAUUUUUCUCAUGUGUUCAAGAAUUGAAGUGGUUCUCUCUCUAUUUCAGGGUUCACAGGAGAACCGCAGCCGCAAAAAGAACACGGCUGAUGGUACAGCUUGGCUCCAGGAGAUCACAUUUUCCUAAUUUGACUCGAUUUCUCCGUGGCUGAUGCUUUUCCCGAUUCUUACCUUAUUGGCAUUGCUGGUUUCAGGUGAGUCGAAGAACACUGGCACUUCUGGGAGCGAGUCAUCAAAGACUAAUCGGAAAGCCCAAGCAAAUGCUUCAAACCAUGUCUCACCAAUCAUGGCCAUCCCUUCCAGUGCAAUCACUGCACCGACGACUACUCUCAACAUCGGAAUGGAUUACUGGGGCGGGCCUUCCACCACUGUGACUCCAAUACGAAGCAAGCUUCCCAUAACACCAUCUCCGGCAGCUGGAGCUCCUGCCCGCAACGCAGCUCCCCAAGAGAUCUGGUCGCAGGUUUGGACCUCGAGUUCCUCCAUUAGCUGUCAGAUCCCUGUGUUGAAUAAUCAUCAUCCCUGAAAGUUUUAUCUUAUUGUGAAUUAUAUUGAUGCAAAGGAUGAAAGAGAGCUGAAGCGGCAACGACGGAAGCAGUCCAACAGAGAAUCAGCCCGUCGCUCAAGACUAAGGAAACAGGUCAGACAGGCUAAUGAACCACAGAUAUAACUCAGUGUGAAUGCUUCAGAUGCUAAGAAGAAUAUAUGCAGAUAGAAACAGGACCAUAGGGAAUCAACCCAUCGAUUAGGUCCCAAUAACUUGUUCAGAUUCAGAAAAAUAUCUGAAUUUCCUCAAUUUACUGUCUAUUUUCUUCCUUCUUGACUGACUAUGAUGAUCUAAGGCAGGCUGAGUACGAUGAGUUGGCGCAUCGUGUGGGGUCUUUGACUGAUGAAAACAACGGGCUCAGGGAAGAACUGGCCAGGAUACGAAGCGAAUGCGAGAAGCUGGCGUCUGAAAAUGCCUCUCUCUCUGUAAGCCGUCUCCCCCUGGAGCCUGGGCUCACAAGUACUGGUUUCUUGCACGCUAAUCUGAUGUGACUUUGUUGGAUUCUGCGCAGGAGAAGCUGAAGAACCCCCCAAUAGAGGAGCCGAGCAUGAACAGUGCCUCUGGUCAGCCUGAAACUAAUUCAUGA